ACGGUCGUUUAAGCCCAGUGCGUAAAAUUGCGGUGAAUGAAUAAAAACAGUGCCAUCCAUUCUAAAAUAGAGCUCUAAUUGAUUUUAUUUUAUGAGCCUUACAAUCAGCUGUCGUGCUGUCAAGAGCCUAGAUAGCGUUUCUUCCUUAGCUUUCCUUUGCUUACGAAAGAAAGUAUUUCUAUAGUGUAGAGGGUGUUGGCCGCGUAAUAUCGUCUGUUUAAUAUUCGAGAAUGUUGGUGCACUUUUUGCCUCUCUCCGUUGUUUUCCUCGAUGUCAUCCAGCUCUUAUCAAUCAACAAUGAGGGCGCAACAAGGGCUGCGGCGCGUGCAACCUUGGACGAGCAGCAACAAGCAAACGAGCUCGCGGAUUCGCUCAAGAAAUGGCUCCCGGCGGGGGUCGGGUUACUCAAAGAGGGCGUAAGCGGAGAUCAGAUGGCGAAAAAUGAUAAACUCCUGCCACUCCACUCCAUUCUUGGCGACUCGAAAGCCGAAUCCCGGAAGAGGAGGAAAAUCACGGAGGAAGUCAUGGAGCUUGAAAAAGAAAUUAGUAAUGCCCUCGGAGAACAGGUAGUGGAGAACUAUCCCGAACCAACUGGUGGCUACCCGGUGCCUGACACGCCUGAGUAUGUACCAAAUGUGUCAGAAGUUGAAGGUUUCAUCGACGCGGCACAGACAGGCAAACGACCGCACAAAAGGCCAUAAAACAAGCGCACUAGCGGCCGACACAAUUUUAUUAUAAUGUCACGAUCGAGAGCAGUAUUUUUCUGACCAAGGCACUCUUUAAAAACAUUGAAAUUCAGCCACUAAUAUAAAUUUUUAAUAUACUGACGAAACUCAACUGUUUGGAGAAAUUUCUUCAGCUGGUGCGAUUCGAAAAAUCUUGGACUUUGCGCUCUUUGAACUUUAAGGAUAUUAUGACAAAGGUUAAAUAUGAGAGCUUUUACAAAAAGUCAAUAAGCUGCAAAAGUUGAAGAAGCGACGCUCAUCCUGGUAGCUGAGAGAAUAACUCUAGGCUGGAAUUAAGAUAUUGUGAAAAAAAGAGUGCAUCAACACAUAUUGAAAAUGUGUCAAAAUUCGUCGCUUGGCUGACACAAGAGCGCAGCUACACACGGAGAUGAGCCCGGAAAAAGCAUUGAAUUCUAUGGAAGACAGGGUUCAUUGCAGAGUGACGUUACGCCCUUAUGUCAGGUAGGCGACGAAUUGCAUUAAUUUCGUUGCGGGGCCUUCACAAUUCAAAAGAAUGUGAUUUGCGAGGAAGUCAAUAGAUGUAUGACGUGAUUUUUCAUCGCUAGAAACCUGCCUCAAAAAUUAGAUAUAAAGCUCAUGUUUGAUUUUCGCAUGGAGGUUUUUUUGUUUCGCAUGAGCCAAUAGGGCUGUUAAAAACAGAGCUCCUGAAUGCUCUGAAAGUAAACUUUCAUUAGUUCUGCCUCACGCAUUUCGACAUCAGUACGGAAGUUUUCCAAAAAGAUGAAAUUUGCUGAAAUGAAUGAGGUAGGACCAUUAAAACUUUACUUUCAAGAAGAUUAAAUAUCUUUGAGUAUAGUGCAAUGCCUUUGCAAACACCCCAACGUUUAUAAAUUAAAUAUGAUGUUGCCUGAAUCUCUCAAUUAAAAAUCAAAAUAAUAAUAAUAAUAAAAAAAUGAAUGUAGACCAUAUUGUAAGAGUAUUAAGGAUUAGUAUUCACAUUUUCAAUUACAAAAAUGCAUUAGUUUCACCUAAGAUAUUUAAAGUCCGAUCAUAAUCAUCAGCUGUGUUUGGAUACUCUUCAGAUUAAAAAUAAAAACUCUAAUACUUAUGCGCAAUGUC